GUUAUCCCGACCGUUCCUUCUUUCGAAGGAAAAUGCGGCGCCUAAGGUUUCCUUAGUUACUAUUUUCAAGAGAAAUGGAAAUACCCAUCCGCAUAUACGUUUCACUCCUGAAUAAACCAAAACUGUCAUGAAUUACGCGAAAGGAAUUGUCGAACGAAAAAUUGUCUUUCUCAUGAUGAAGAUAUAUCGUAAGAUAUAUCGAUCACGAUUAGUAAUCAUAGAUGAAUCAGCGAAGACAUCGCACAAUCAUACCGUUAUUCAUGACAGAUAAAAGUUACAUGUGAUAACUGUCAAUAUGUUACUAUUUGACAGGAGAUCGUCGAGAACGGUUUAAAUAACGUCGGGUUAUGGUCGUGCAAUUAAGUGACGAUAAAGUGCGAACUUACAUCUGAAAGAAGAAUGGAAAUGGAGGUGAUAUGCAUUUCUUCUGACGAUGAGUCAACGUCGCAAAAGGAGAACAAGAACAACCGGUUUGUACCUGCUCCUACAGUGAUCUGUAAGACCUCAAGUGUUCAGAAGGUGGAGAUAUUGUCCAGCGAUGAGGACAAAGCAGAAGGGAACAAGCUAAAACGGAAAAUAUCGCAGGUAAAUAAAGGAGAGACUUGCAAUAAUAACAUAGAGAAGAGAAAGAAGUUGAGUACGAGUCAGGAUACGUGCAAAGUGCCGAACAAGAGGCCCGUAUCUGCCAGUAUCUCAAACUCUGUAUCGGAUGGCGUUACGCAACUGAGUAAUAACCACCAGGAGAUGACUGUGAAGAAACCAAAGUUGAUCGUGAAGGAGAAGAAGAAGAUAUCUUACGUCGAGCAUGAUAUAUUUCCACUGUUCAUAAGCCUGUGUCUGCAGAAGAGCCAGAAUGGCAACGAGAAGGAAGACAUGGAGAAGAUUGUUACUAGGCUUAAGCGUCACUACGAGGACAUGGAUCCAGUUUACGCCAAUUCAAAGAGCUUCACCUCGUUCCUAAACGAGAAGCGUGAAGCCAUGGCGAAGGACAUCAGUAAAACGUACGUGUACAUAGGGGAGGUGAUGAGCCAGAUAAAGAGCAAGAAGUCACAGGCACUGCCACAGAAUAGCGAACACUACGACGCGGUUCCUUCCACGUCUUACGCCACGUCGAACCAUGCGGUUAAUAACGCGGUAGAGGACGCGUCCUCGGACGAUGAGGACGAUAACGAGGGCGCCGGGAGCCCUCGGACAAGAAGGAAGAUCAAGCAAGUACAGAACGCUAUGGCAAAGUGCGAGAAAAGGAUAAAGAAACUGGAGGAGACGGAGGUCGACUUUGAGACCGAGAACGACAGUACUUACAUACAAGUGGAAAGGUGGAAGCGGAGAAUGGUGGAGUUGUUUAAUAAACUGUGCGAGUUAACGGGGGACAAUGCUGACGCGGGCCGUGCAUACCUGCGCCCCAAACACUUCAGCACAACCCGCAUCGUCGCAGUGGAUCAAGCGAUAACGAAUUUCAUCAACGCCAAGAUCACCUCGCGGAAUAACAUGAAAAAGAUAGGCACCCUUAGGAACGACCUGAUAUUUCCGGAUUACAAGGACAUCCUGAGCUGCGUCAAUAGGUGCAAUGGCAAGAAAAACUUGGGCUUAGACGAAAAAAAGCAAAGGCAAAUGGCGAAAAAAGCGUUUUUAGAAUUAGGGGAGUAUCUACAGCGAGCAAGACACAAUGAUUAUUGGGACACAUUUUCCUUGUUUCUGGAGGACGCGGAAGAAGACCCGGCAAUGAAAGACCAGGAUUUAGCGAGGAAACUAACUGAGAGUCGCGCCGAGGGUGACAAAAGAUUGUCUGCCGUGUUCGAAAAAUAUACAAAGAAGCAAGAAGAAAUGAAGGAGCAAAACGAAACGAUGUCGGAGGAAGAUGAAGAGGAGGACGAAGAGGAGGAGGAGGAGGAGGAGGAGGAAGAAGAGAGUAUUAUAGAUGACGAAGAUAAGAAUAAGGAUCACCUGUCUAUAUACAGUAUGAGCGACGACGAGAACGAUGACGAGAAAAAUGUAGAUAAAACGCUUAAGGAAAACGGACCGACGGCAGAGAAGAGUAAAAAUGGCACGAGUCUCGUAACUGACGAUCGGAAUACAGGUCAGAGUUCAAAUCGGAAGACGGACAGGGUUGGCCCAAGUGUAAGUACGCCGAAGACGUCGCAGAAGGAAUGUAACAGAAAGGUAACGAUAGAGACUUCCGUGAGGGAAAGCAAAACGACGAUGUCCGAGAAUGGGCAUAAAUUAGCGAGCGAGAGGGCGACACGCGAGCAGGACGAUGCCGCAACAACGAUGAGAAACGUCUACGCAGGCACAAAAAAGCAGAAUGACGUCGUCUCGUUACCAUCCUCUUCUGCCGCGGCCAACUGCGCGAGUAACAUUAGUAGCGUUGAAGAAGAUCUAAACGAGGUGAUAACGGAAGAGAUAACAGAUCCCGUAACAGAGACUGUCGAGGAGCAGCUAGCGGACGUAACUGAUCCAGCGGAGUCGAGAACGGAGGAGACUGCGCCGCAAACGAAGACGCAGUGCCGGGCGAAAGCGAUAACGGAAAAUAAGAUUGGAGAUACAGCGAGAGACGAGACGGAAAUGAUAUUGGAGGACGUGAUGGAGGUGAUAGAAGCGGACAUGAUGGACACAACGUGCGGGAACGUUGUCGUAUCCGCAGAUAAACAGCUGGAAGAGGAGAAGUCGAAAAAGCCUUGCUUUCUGCGAGUGUGUUCGUUCGCUAAACCGCCCACGACCUGGGAAGAUACCCGGCACAAAGGAGAUAAGUCCGCCGGUCAACCGAGUGCUCAACCAAAGGUAACGAACCGAACCAAAGAUGUGAUCGAUCUGACUAACGAGACCGCGACGACGACCGUGACGACGACUGCGACGACGACCGCGACCGCGACAACAGGGACUACGAUGAUGACAACAACAAACGUGACCAAGUCGGUGCCCAUCACGCUCACCAAGUACGGUCUAAAAAUUGGAGAUCGCGUACUGCCGGUGCUGAAACAGACAGUGCUGAUACCGUCGGGGCGAAACAUAAUCAAUGUUCAGAAUAUCACGAACAAUUAUCUGAACGUGAACAAACGAACGGGACAGAUCGUCGCGCCUGUGCGCGACGCUCGCGGUUCCAUGAUAAUUCGACUGCCGUCCGUUCAGAGUGUCGCGAAUCAGCAGAGCCAGGUGCAGAACCAGGUGAACGCCGUCGUUGCGAAAAACGAAGUGCCCUUGAAAGCAAACGACACGAUAGUGCGAAUUAUUCAGCCGAAGCCGCUAAAUAUUCUGCCCAAGAAACCGACAGUGCAACCUGUCGGUGACCAAACCGACACGAGUCCAGCGACGAUGAAGCUCAAAUGACUCGAACAUACGACGAGGAGCGUUCUUCUAGAUCAUUGUUACGUAAAACCGAGUUGAUCGAUCUGGAUGUUAUAUAUAAAAUGUUUCAUAUGUAUACAAAGUGUUUCUAGCUUGAACUCAAAUGUAUUGAUAUUGAAUUAUAAUUCUUAAUAAAUUUUUUUAG